AUGAUCCAAACAACCAAGAAGAACGUUCAGUUCGCAGCUGACGAAGAACUUGAAACAGUUCAUUUGGUGAGCAGCCAUGGCGAGCCCGGAAAGCUGUUUCUUUCCCCUCUUGAAUUUGAUUCCUUCAAACAAUCGUCCAUGACCGAGGGAUGCCAAGCUAGAAAACAGGGUAUAGACAAGGAACUUGAGUGCACCUUCACAAAUCCAGGUCAGGACGUCCAAAAGAAACUCCACCAUUACACGCGUCAUUCUGGUUACCGUGGAUUGGAACGAUGGAUUUGCAAAGCCCACUAUGAAGAACGCAAGCAGCACAGAGAGCAGGCUAUCCAGGCUAUCCUGAUUGGACAGAAGAUGGCAAAAGGACAAGGCAUGAACGCCGAUGAAGUGAGCCUGCAAUUGCGAAAGGUCGCCCUUGUAUAUUGUCUUGAUGCCAAAGUCUUCGCCAGAAGACUGGGCAAGGCAGACGAAGCCGCUUGUUCUUCCAAGAAGAUUGGUAACUCCCACUACCAGGAACGCACGAACAGGAUGAAGCUGAAGGGCCGCUUCUCUGAACACAAGAAGCAUUGCGAUUGUUCUAGCGAUCACGCAAUGCUGGCCUUUGACUCUCAGCCAAGAUUGGCUCUCCUCAAUCACUCCACCAGUGCACAUAUUGUUUCCACUACCAGAGGACCCCUGACACAGUUGCUCUAA